UGUGAAACUCAAAAGUCUUCUCUUAAACCUCAACUUCCUAAUUACGGCAUUUUUCAUUCCCUUUAAGGCUUAAACCCUAAUCCUUCCAAUUUUCAGCCAUGGCAGGAGGUAGUCAGCAAGCAGUCUCUUUCCUCACUAACAUUGCUAAGGCUGCCUUUGGUCUUGGCCUUGGUUUAACUGCUGUCAGUUCUUCUCUCUAUACUGUCGAUGGGGGCGAAAAGGCUGUUCUCUUCGAUCGUUUUCGCGGAGUUCUCGAUGAAACUGUCGGAGAAGGAACUCAUUUUCUCGUUCCAUGGCUUCAGAAACCUUUCAUUUUUGAUAUUCGUACUCGUCCUCAUCAGUUUUCAUCCAUGUCUGGUACUAAAGAUCUCCAAAUGGUGAAUCUUACACUUAGGGUUUUAUCGCGCCCCGAUGAACGACGUCUUCCGCAUAUUUUUCAGGUUCUUGGUUUGGAGUAUGAUGAUAAGGUUCUUCCAUCUAUUGGUAAUGAGGUUUUGAAGGCUGUUGUUGCUCAGUUCAAUGCUGAUCAGCUUCUUACUGAGCGUCCUAGGGUUUCUGCUCUUGUUAGAGACAGUUUGAUCAAGAGGGCAAAGGAUUUCAAUAUUAUAUUGGAGGAUGUUGCAAUCACUCACCUCUCAUACGGUGCAGAGUUCUCUAGAGCAGUUGAGCAGAAGCAGGUAGCACAACAGGAGGCUGAAAGGUCCAAGUACGUGGUUAUGAAAGCUGAUCAAGAGAGGCGUGCUGCAAUCAUAAGAGCAGAGGGAGAGAGUGAAUCGGCCAAAUUGAUUUCUGAGGCAACUGCAUCAGCUGGAAUGGGUCUGAUUGAGUUGAGGAAGAUUGAAGCUAUGAAGGAGAAUGCAGCUACAAUGGCAAGGUCUGCUAAUGUAACAUAUCUUCCCAAUGGAAACCAACUUCUUCUGGCAAUGAACGCGCCCGGACGUUAAGAGCAAGGUUUGUGGAUGAGAAAUGAACAAUGUCAACUUCAACAAACAAAAGAAAAUGAUGGUUCGUUCUUCUUACUGGUUAAUUUGGUAGUUAGGAAUACUUAUAAUGAUACUUUCAAUUCACUGGGAUAUGUACCAGUGAGUGAAUAUUAUUUGAAACAGAUGUAUUCAUUGUUUUUAUUUCUACUUUCUCUAUGAUGGGAUUUCAAUAUUA